AUGGCUCUACGUCGACUCCUGCGUCGAGCGACAUCGUUCCUGCUGCAUCCAGACGCUCCUGCCGCAAAGCCUCCAAUCCGCCACAGCAGCAGCUCACAAGAGAAGCUGGGCAUGGCCAUCGAGGAGCGCUUUGCGUGCAAAUCGUUUCUACCGGACGCAGUGCCGGACAAGACGCUCGAAAAGAUCCUCAAGCUCACGCUGAGAGCUCCCACGGGGUUUAAUACACAGCCGUACGCGUGCGUGCUCGUGCGUGAGCCGAAGGACCGCGAGAAACUUGCCGAGGCCAUGAUGGGGGGCAACGCCCGCAAGGUCAAAGAAGCUCCAGUAGUUGCUGUUUUCGCCGCAGACUGCGAGCCAAGCAAGCGCAUCCCACGCCUGCAACAACUCGCUCAUGACAAUGGGGCCCCUGCCGACGUUGUAACCAACAUGCCCCAUGUCGUACGUCUCUUCUCGGGCGAGGGUGUAGUUGCCAGCUGUCUCCGAUCAGUCAUCGCAACAGCUGCGUCGCCGCUGCUGCCUGCCCCUGCGAAUGCGUCAACUGAAACAUGGGCGGUCAAGCAGACGGCUUUUGCUGCUGCGACUUUUCUGUACGCGGCACAGCUGCAUGGACUUGCGACGUGUCCGAUGGAAGGGCUGGACCAGAUCCGCGUGAGGAAUACGCUGGAUAUUCCGGACCGUUAUACCGUGCCUGUAAUAAUUGCUCUUGGUUGUCCAAACCCGGCGACAAAGCCUGAGAAACCUUCUGCACGACUGGACCCGACCGAGGUCUUCUUCGACGGAAAGUUCGGUGACUCAAGUGCGACGAUAUUUACCGACAAGUAA